AUGAGCGUCUGUAGCGACAGCGGCAGCCGCCACAGCCACACGAGCAGCAACGGCAUGGGCCCACCCCCCGGCACUGCCCCUGUCCCGCCUCCUCUCCCCAGCGCCGACCUCAUUUGUCGUUUGUUUUGGGGUGUCGGUUCCCUAACCCGCUUCAUGCCGCUCGACGACGUUGCUCGGGAAGGCACACUAAGUACGAAUCCCCUGCACGAGCUCCUGCAGCAGCCGCCGCCGCCGCACCAGCAGCUUCCACGUCCGCCAGCGCCGCCGGCGAUCUCGACGUCCAGCUCGAACCAGUUCCUGCAGCAGUUUCUGUCGUCGUCGUCGAACGCGAUGCCGCUCAUGAACCACCACGUGCGGCAAAACGGACUGCCGGCGCCCACGCCCCCACUGAGUGCGCCCAGUUCGCUGUUCCCGCUGCUCCAGCAGCUGUCGCCGCAUCACGGAGCGUUCCUGCCGCCCCGAUCGGCGCCACUGCCGCCAGUGUCUUCUCCGUUUCAGCCGGUCCCGUGCCUCUCUGCUAGCAGUAGCAGAGGGGCGUACUCCGCAGCCCCUCGGAGUGCUGCAACUGGCUCGAUGGACGGCAGCCGUAGCAAUGGAGCAGGAGGGUCCGCGUCGAGCUCGUUGACGGGCUCACCUCGACGUGCUGGCACUGCUGCCGCUGGAUUUGGCAUGACGGACGCGGUGACGACACCUCCUGGCACGAGACUCUGUGGCGAGGCGGUGGAAUACCAUUUGCGGGGCGACGCUGCGAGCAAUGAGAGCCGAUCACUGGAAGUCAUGCCCAUCACGCUGUACAAUUCGGAACGCACGUCGCAGCAGCUGGGGAACCUCAUUUCAGUCAGCGAGCACUUUAUUUCGUACCCGAUUCGGAAUGGACUGAUCCGCGUGAUCAGUCAAAGCUCGGCAAAUCGGUUGUUGCUGCGGAAACACGAACACCACACGGUGACAGAGCUGGCGUUUUUCAACAGCGAAUCGGAUCUACUCUUGAGUUCAGGAACAGACCACCAUGUAGCCAUUUGGGCCAUCCAGAGCGACCCUGUGAGUCGCGAGCUGAUCAAGCUAGUGCCGACGCAGGCACAACGUGUCAAGUGGCAUCCAUCUGACUCGAAUAAGAUUGCGAUUGUCAACGGAAGCGUGGUAUUCGUUGCCGACUUGUCGGCAGUUGACGCUUAUGGCACUGGUGCCGGGAACCUGUACGACAUUAGUGUCGUGUGCAACCAACCGUCUGGCCAGAUCAACGACAUGGCUUUUUCACCAGGUAGCGGCAAGUGUGUGAUCACUGCUGGCAGCGAUGGUGUCGUGCAAGUGUAUCGUGUGGAUGACCGACUUCCUGGACAGCUUGCCGACUUCGUGCAAUGCUUUGAGCCGUUCAAUGGAGGUUCUGUGAAUAGCCUGCACUUUUACGGGGGCAACUUUCUUAACCAGCCCGGACUACUGAUAAGUGGUGAGUCCAACACGCGUUUGUCGCUAUGGAAUGCGAUGCUGACGGAGGACACCGUUCCUGCGUGUUACCAGACGGUAACGCUGUGUGAUAAUACACGAGAAAGUCUGUCACUUCUGCACGAGACGACCUUCGAUCCCACGACACAGUUCCUGUUCGUGGCCGACCGGUCGAAGCCGUUGAUAUACGCCUUCCACCUCGCUCCCAGUUGUGACGCACACACACCUCGCCAGUUUGACAAUGUGACGGAGUUUACGUUGGCGUAUCCUGUACUCAGCAUGGGUUUGCUGAACCGCACUGCUCCGAGCCAACCGCCUCGCGAUGGCAGUAUUGCGUCCUCCAUGCUGGGUGAGCUGAACUUCUCCAUGCAGCUGUACUGUCUGCAAACUCAUGCUAUUCAGCGGUACCACGUGUCGGCGCGCGAGUGCUUUGUCCCUCGUGUCCACGCUUCACUUGAGGAUAUGAUUGAGGGCAAUGGGGACAUCGGUCAAUCUGUUGGCGCCAUGACGACUGAGGGAGAGAGCGUCGAGACGUCGUAUCAGACAGCGGCCGAGUCACCUCGAGCUGCAUCUACAGCGACAUUGACUCCCGAAACUGAAACGGAUGUUCAUGAUCCUGAACGAGCAGAGGAAGAGCGAGGUAGCAAUGUUAAUCAGCAAGCUCUGCAUCGAAUGUCGCUGGACGGCCUCCCGCCUGCUCCUCUAUCACCGGCUCGAAGCACCCGGAGCACUGGUGCUCGUCCGCUACAUCUAGCAACUUGUGAUGACACGGCCUCAGUAUCAGCGCCGUCUAUGUCGGGAGACGAAGGGAGGCUUAGCAACUUGCGAUUUUACAAUCGCUCUUCCCCGUCAUCUUCGGUUCGUGCGUUUCACGAUGAGUCGUCUGUGCAGUAUGAUCCGUCUAUUGACGGUACAGCAAGCGAGAGCCAGCAACAGACGCUUCUUGCUUCGUUGCGCCGAAUGGAAGCCGCUCAGCUUCAGCGUGAUGAGGAGCUCCGUGAACAGAUGCGUGUGGCUAUGGGAAGCUUGGGCGAUCAGUUGACGUCGCAAGUCUCAACGCAAGUGGAAAAGUCGAUUCAGAAGCAGCUCCAGUUGGUUCUUGUGCCCGCGAUGGGCCGCAUCGUGUUGCACACUAUGGAGAACAACUUUAUGAAACCCGUGCAGAACGGAUUCCAGCAUGUCAUUGGCGAGAAACUGAUUCCGCUGAUGAAACAGAAGCUGGAUGACGCGCUCGCAACAUCGCUGCCGGACCAUUUCUCGAACGGCGUCGACGAUAUGGUGCAGCGCGUAGUCGAAGACGUCCGCCAGCCUGUGCGUGAGUCCUUCCGUGAGUGUUUCCAGGACGUUUUGAUUCCAUCGUUCCAGGCUGCUACGCAGAAAAUGUUUGAGCAGAUAAACAACACUUUUGUUCAAGGCACGCGCAGCGCUCUUGGGAACAGUGCAGGAAAUGGUAGCGACGCAAACGUCAUAGGCCAACUGGAGCAGCUGACGAAAGUGGUAGAAAGCUUGACGGAGCAGGUGGAGCUAUUGAGCUCGGCCGUUCAUGCUGGAGGCGUCAAUGUUGCGUCAGUUCCAGUCACCAAGUCUCCUGAAGAUCUGCAACUAGAGGCACAGCAAGGAGUCGUGCUCGACUGUCUUGCACGAAACGACUACGAGGAGGCGUUUAAGCUCGCGCUUGGUGCACAAAACGUAAACCUGGUCGCGUUUACUUGCCAGCAGUGUGACCCGCGACUUGUUCUCAGCUGUCGCCCACCCAAGCUGCCGCAGAUGCUGAUCCUGUGCUUGGUGCAGCAAUUAGGAGCAGACCUGGCGGAUGAUCUGGAAACAAAGAUCAACUGGCUGCGGGAGUCGCUUUUGAUCAUGGAUGUUCACGAUCAGAGUAUCGCCAGCUUUGCGGUCGGCGUGUUGCAGGAAUUGCAGACAUGUCUGAAAGGCGUGCCGGCGCAAUACCGCGACUCGCAGUAUGUUCUCGUGCACCACGUCCUCAACUCGAUGCUCAGCUCUGCGUAA